AUGGCCUCUGGCUACACAGGCGACUUUGUCGGUGAUUACAUCGGUAGACCCAACAACAGAGACGAUGCAAUGUCCAUCGACAGCCCUCCGGUGAAACCAUCAUUCUUCGGUGUUACAGGCCAUAACGAAAUCUUUGAAGAAACGAAAAACUAUCUCUCCAAACUCGAAGCAUUCAGCAUCAACCCCGAAGACACAAGCAUCUCAGGCACACAGGCCAGCAAUGCGAUUAAGUUUAAAGAUCUUCCACCAAAUAUCCAACAAACCUGCCUCGCCGUUCUGGGAUGUAUCUUUGGCCCUUGCUACGAUCGUCUUGUGGCACACAAGACCAAAUACGAGAACAGGCUGUGGUCGAAUCUUACGGUCCCCGCGAUUAUCAGGUCACUAGAAUCGACAUUCGGGUCACACUUGAACCUCGAGAAAGUUGAUCUUGAAGUCAUCGCUGAGCGUAUUUGCAACAACACGAUACGGCCCUUUCGGGACACAGAGAACAGCCAGGAAUGGGCUGGCCAGCUGUGUGGUCAAAACUUGCGAUGGGAGUCGAUUACCAUGCUAUGGAGUGUGUUGAGACGCAUACCCAAUUCUUUUGAGCCAAUCGAACGGCAAAAGUUUCAUAUUCUUGAGAAUGGAACAUUGAACAAGGCAACCUUGGCGUUCUUGAGACAUGGUAUCUCGCUUGCACGGUACUUCACUAUCGCAAAUGUUAUGAUUCUUGAUCUUUUACAACAAAAGACAAUCGUGGAGUCUAUGAUUAUCGGUGACGCGAGUUUGGCCGUCUGGAACUCCCAUGGAGAAGCCGUGGCAAUGAUGACAUACUUGGGCGUUCACGCACAAAGGAGCAUCACACCCUACACGCCGUCACUGUCUUCAGAGCACAAGAGACGUCUUUUUGGGCGCAUUUACAAUCUAGAUAAAGCCAUUGUCGCAUUCACAGGCAGACCUCCACUUCUAGAUCCUCGCUACUGCACCACACAGAUGCCGCUGGAUCUCAGUGACGAAGACCUUCUAGCCGGUGGUGCCGCACUGGAGCGUGCAGCAGCUGAAUUGAACCCAGGCGGUUGGAACACGCAUGGGGGUGUUUACCCGUCAGGUUUCUGCCGAGCUGCCUACCAGAUAUCUGUGAUACUCACCCAGUUUCCGAAGCAUUUGAUCUACGACCCUAACGAUCCGCAUGAUCUACCUCUCCCACACGCAGAACCCGCGCCGCACGAGAAAGAUCUUUCUGAUCCGCAAGUCGAGACAAACGUUAUACCGCUGAGAAUCUUUACCCGUUUGACACAUCUGCAAAAUAUGUUUCUACUCGAGAGAUUGUUUCUCCAGAAUGGCGCUGUAGACGAGGGCGACGUACUACUUGUUUCGUUCGAAAUGAUUUCGCUUACAUUACUUUUCUGGACUCAUAAGGAUAAGUUUCGGGAUAUCCGACGUGAUUUUGAGUGGAUGUUCCUGGUGGUGGUAUCCUCUGUCAAGAGCUCCUCGAACCAACCUUUCAAGGACGACAUCCAAAGGACAGCCGUUUGA